CGCUUUUACGCUUGUAAAAAUAUUUUCAUAAUUAUGCUUUUUCCUUUUUUGCAGUAAACUUCUAAAUGGAUUUCCUGCCUGUGACCGCCCUACUCCUUGCAGUGUGCUGCAUUCCCCCCUCCAACCUCCUUCGUCAGUUCCACUAUGUCAACCUGACGAUGACCUGGUCCAAUGCUCAACAAUACUGCAGAGCGAACUACACUGACUUGGCCACAUUCAACAGCAUGAACGAAAUAAGUAGCUUAAACAGACCUGCUCUGAGCACCUCAGUGGCCUGGAUCGGACUGAACGACGACCCCAAAGGAUGGAUGGGGGUCAUGGCUAGCGAUGCCAACUCCUGGAGGUGGUCAGCAACUGGUGCCCCAAGCACAACUGGUUACCAGUCCUGGCUCAUUGAUGAACCUAAUGAUAAAUACAUAGAGUACUGUGUCACGAUGAAUAGUAAUGGAUUUUGGAACGAUCUGUCCUGUAACACUUCUUCCAGCUUUAUUUGUUUUACAGGUUAG